GCAUGCAGGUUUUAAUCUCUGUUUCUUUAAAGUCAGAUACUUUGGAACAUCCUAACAUGGUGUGGGAAGUGAAGACGAAUCAGAUGCCUAACGCAGUUCAGAAGCUGCUCUUGGUAGUGGACAAGAGAACUUCAGGGAUGAAUGAGUCACUGGAGUUGCUGAAGUGUAAUGAAAACCUGCCCUCUUCUCCUGGAUAUGCGUCUUGUGAUGAGCACAUGGAGCUUGAUGAUCUUCCUGAACUACAGGCUGUGCAGACAGACUCUGCCCCAUCUGCGCUUUUUCAGCUUGGCACCGAUGUUUCACAUCAGGAAUGUUCAAGGCCUUUGUGGAACCAACAUACCUCAAACAGCAAUUCAGAAAGUGCUCAUUCUUGUGACAGUGGGGUCAACUGGCUGACAGAACUAGCAAACAUCGCCACAAGUCCUCAGAGCCCUCUGAUGCAGUGCUCUUUUUAUAACAGAUCAUCUCCUGUUCACAUUAUAGCCACAAGCAAAAGUUUACAUUCCUAUGCACGUCCUCCACCGGGAUCCUCUAAGAGUGAUCCCAACUUCUCCAAGAGUGAUUUGGAUGAAACACCGGUCAGACACGAAAGGACAAAUAGCGAAUCGGAGUCUGGUAUUUUCUGCAUGUCGUCACUUUCAGAUGAUGAUGAUCUGGGAUGGUGCCAUUCUUGGCCCUCAACUGUUUGGCACUGUUUUCUAAAAGGUUCUCGUUUGUGCUUUCAUAAAGGGCGCAAUAAGGAGUGGCAGGACAUUGAAGAUUUUGCAAGAUCUGAAGGCUGUGGAAAAGAAGAAAAUCUCUCAGUGAGUGCUUACAAGGGCUACGGCUCCGAUGGUUUGAAGCUCAUUUCUCAUGAGGAAAGCAUUUCCUUUGGUGAGUCAGUGCUGAAGUUGACUUUUGAUCCUGGCACAGUGGAGGAUGGCCUGCUCACAGUAGAGUGCAGACUUGAUCACCCUUUUUAUGUUAAAAAUAAAGGUUGGUCAUCUUUUUAUCCAAGCUUGACUGUGGUACAGCAUGGCAUUCCAUGCUGUGAAAUGCAUCUUGGAGAUCUGUGUCUACCUCCUGGACACCCUGAUGCCAUUAACUUUGAUGAUUCAGGUGUUUUUGAUACAUUUAAAAGGUAAUUUUUGACUAAAGUGGCCUCAGUGGUUAUUGUGUUUAAUGAGUAGGCACCUUACUUAAGUCUACCAGAAUUUAAGCGUUACAUAGAAGAGAGAAGGAAUACUUACGGUUAUGCAAGGCAAUUGAGAGGGAAAGUGAAUAUCAGGAAAGCUGUGUGGUUUUGUGCUGUGCUGCACUGCAAAGUAAUCUCUUGGGCUAAAGUAACUUUUCAGACUCUGCUUAUGAUAGUCUCAAACUGAUUGGGUAAAGGAAUAAGAAAUGUAUCUGUGCAGAUUCUUCAGAUGUAAUAGGUUAGGUUUAAAAAACAUGGUAUGGUUGUCCCACAGAAGUGUUAAUCAGCUGCUAAUGUGUGCUUGGGAGGUUGCUGGGUCCCUGAAGCAGUGGUUCCUAGGCACUAAUUCACAUACUUUGGCUUUAGAAUACAGUAUUUCAGCACUUUCAUAAUUUGUUCUUACUAUUUUUGUAAAUUCUGCAUUUUGUGUUUCUUUCCCAAUACAGCAAGUACAUCUCACUUCAGACAAAGUUAGAGAAGCUUGAGGUUUGCCUAGCUUUGAGCCUGAGAGUGGACUAGGUGACCUUCAGAAAUCCCAUCCACCAUAAAUUAUCCUAAGGAAAUAGCAUUACUCGUAAAGAUUUUUCCAUGCUCUUUAGACAUUUCUAAAUGUAGUUGAAUGAGUCUUCUCCUAUGAUCUUAGCUCUUUUUUAGCAUCUGAUUUUAGGCCAGUUGCUCACCUAUAUUUCUUACAGUUGAAAAAAUGAAUUCUAAGUGCUGUUAGCAGUUC